UCUUCCUCCUCCUCCUCCCUCGGCCAUGCCUCGCCCGGGCAAGAGCUCGUACAGCGACCAGAAGCCCCCCUACUCGUACAUCUCCCUGACGGCGAUGGCCAUCCAGCACUCGGCGGAGAAGAUGCUUCCGCUGAGCGACAUCUACAAGUUCAUCAUGGAGCGCUUCCCUUACUACCGGGAGCACACGCAGCGCUGGCAGAACUCGCUCCGGCACAACCUCUCCUUCAACGACUGCUUCAUCAAGAUCCCUCGCCGGCCGGACCAGCCGGGCAAAGGCAGCUUCUGGGCGCUGCACCCGGACUGCGGGGACAUGUUCGAGAACGGGAGCUUCCUCCGGAGGCGGAAGCGCUUCAAGGUGGCCCGGCAGGAGGCCCACGCGGCGGGGAAAGCGGUGGCGCCCCCGCUCCACCCCCACCUGGGACACUACUUCCACCCCCACCACCACCCCCACCAGCCUCCUCCUCCCAAGGCGCCCUUCCCGCCCUACAGUCCCGGGUUCAAGCACCCCUUCGCCAUCGAGAACCUCAUCGGGCGCGACUGCAAGGGCGGCGGAGGAGGAGGAGGGGGAGGGGGCCUUCCGCUGGCCUCGGUGAUGCACCACCUGGGCUACCCGGUGAGCGGGCAGCAGGUGGGCGCCGUGGUGGGCUCAGUGUGGCCCCACGUGGGCGUCAUGGAGGCCCUGCCCCUGGCCGAUUACGGGCCCUUCAAGGCCGCUCCCACCCAAGCCCUGCCCGCCAUCCCGGUGCCCAUCAAGGCCGCCCCGCUCGCCGCCCUGGCCGCCGCCGCCCACCCGCUCUGCCCCUCGCUCUCGCCCCCCGCCGCCGCCCUCCUCCAAGCCUCUCCCCCCAAGCCCAGCCCCGAAGGGAAAGCCCCCCUGCGCCCGGCUUUGGCGCUGUCCUGA